ACACGUGAAGAAUUUCAAAGCAUGUACGAGCUGAGGUUCCUCAAAUUGGACAAUGCUAGUAUCAAGGGAGAUUUCACGAAUCUACUUUCCAGUUUAAGGUGGCUUGACUGGCGAGGGUGCCCCGCGACCUUUGAAGCCAAGAACUUGCAUCUGGACAAGUUGGUGAUUCUUGAUUUAUCAUGGAGUAAGGUCACUCAUAAAUGGAAGGGUUGGAGUCAAAUCAAGAUGCCACGAUUGAAAGUUUUGAACCUCACAGGGUGUAAUGAAAUGCAGAUAACUCCCAACUUCUCCGGUUACCUGCAGUUGGAGAUGUUAAUUCUCGAAAGUUGUUUUCAAUUGGUCAGGAUAGACUCUUCAAUAAGUUUACUAAGAAGCUUGGUUUCCUUGAAUUUGAAAUCCUGCUGCAGUCUUAGUGUGUUGCCACGGGAAAUGGGUAACAUGGAAAAGCUGAAAGAGUUUCUCAUAGAUGGGACUUCUAUACAAGAAAUCCCUGAAUCCAUACAUCGUAUGAAGAAACUCGAAACUCUUAGUGCCUCCAAUUGCCACUCACUAACUAAGCUGCCCGAAUCCAUUUGCUAUACAGAAGCUCUUUCGAUGCUCUUGCUGGACAACGUGAAGAUCCUCGAACUCCCCUAUUCAAUCGGAAGUUUGGUGAAACUUAAACGGUUGUCGUUGAGGGAUUGCCGGGAGAUACAGAGACUUCCAGAAUCUAUCGGCGAAUUAGGAUGCUCAUUGGUGGAGUUGGAUAUAUCGGGGACGCUUAUUUCGGAACUGCCCGCCUCCAUGAGAAACCUGCAGCUACUGAGAGUUCUGAAGAUGAAGCGUUGUCAUGUGAGAGAACUUCCUAGUGCCAUUAGCAAGCUAAGGAAGCUUGAAGAGAUCCAUGCCUCCCACUGUAGGAGUUUAAAGGGGAGCAUUCCUGGUGACAUUGGAAAACUACAAUUCCUGAAAAUAUUGAUCCUAGGAUAUAGUUGUGUUUCUAGCCUACCACCGUCAAUCCAGUCGCUAAGCCAUCUCCAGACCCUUGAUUUACUUGCUUGCGACAACCUUGAAACAUUGCCAAUGCUUCCCUCGAGUUUGAUUUGUCUGCGCAUAAGUUCAAAGAAGAUGAGCAAAAUACCCGAUAUUCAGAAUUUAGUUGAAUUGGAAGACUUGAUCUUCGGGUAUGAGAAUCCCAAGGAGCUGAUAGUUCCUCCUUUGGAGUUUGAACCCGCAUCCAUUUUGACCGAGCCGCAGUGUCUUUGGCCCGUAAGGUUUCCGAAGCUCAAGAGCUUUGAGUUGUCUCAUUCCCAAAUCACCUAUUUGGAAUUUGAGUACGGCUCUACAUGCAAUUCUCAGCUCAAGAAAGUUGUCCUGAUGGGCGGGAAUCUUCAAGUAGUAUCGAGGCUUCCCUCAUCGUUGUCCAUCUUGUUGAUCCAAGCUUGUUUGUCGCUGCAGAGUUUGCCGACAGUUCGGAAAUUGGAUAAUUUGUUGGAGCUAGAGCUCAUGAACUCGGCUGUCAAAGAGAUUAAAGGGCUUAGAUGGCUAACAAGUCUAGAGCUCCUGGUCGUGUCGUGCUGCCGCCAGAUGGUACAUCUCAAUGGCCUCUCCAAUUUGAUAUCAUUGAAGAGAUUGUCUCUCAAGAACUGCAAAACCCUCGCCAAUUUGCCCAGUGUAUCCAACCUCACCAUGUUAAAAGUCCUGGAAAUCCAUCGAUGCCGGAAGAUCCACGACAUCGAAGGCCUCGAGAAUUUGACAUCCUUGGAGGAGCUGCGCGUGAGUGAAUGUAAGGCUGAAAGAUCAUCAAGAGUAACAGAUGCACAGGAGAGAAUCAGAAGACGUUGGAGUGCAUCCCCUUAAGUGUGAACAUCAUGUCAUAUAAUGUGUUUGG